AUGUCGAAAAGACUACGAAGCAGAAAUAAACAGAAGAAGGACCAGGCUUUUCUUGAGUACGGCAAUCCAGACGUAUGUGUCACUGUGAGGCUUCUACCGCCCAGUUUGUCUCAAGAUGAGUUCCAUAAACAGGCUGAAGAACAUGCAGAAACGCUAAGAGCUGGAUUUCGGGAACUUUAUUAUCAGAAGGGAACCCGGGAUGUGAAGGCAUUCGAAAAGCCGGCGUUUUCCGUGGCUCAGUAUGAGUUUGGGUCGCCGGUGGUGGCCGCCAAAGUGCGGGAACAAUUGCAUGGGAAGGUCUUUCAUGAGCCCGAAACAGACGAUAAUAUGGCGUGUGUUUGUGUGAAACCUAUUGUUGGUGUGAUUCCUGUUGCGCCAGCUCCGGACACCGAGAAGAUAGACCAUGGAGCCAUCUUCGACGCAUUCUGUAAACUUCGCGAGGAGUCAGAUAGAGUGCUGGUGCUCGAGCUUUUAAAGAGUAUUGAAAAACAGAAAAAACAGGGGAAGAAGAAAAAGAAAGCUCCUCUGGAUGGGGAUCUGUCGGUAGCAGCGUCGAGUGAGUCUGCGUCUACAAACAACAAAAAACCGAAACAGAAAAAGGGCCCCGAGAAGUCCAAAGACAGUGCCUCUCUUAAUUCUGAAACUAAACCUGUGCCUUCAAUAGAUGCUACAAAAAAGAAAACCAGAACUAGGAAGAAGAAGAAUACUCUGGGGACUGUUGAACCUACAACCAAACCACAAGAAGCUCAAGCUCCAGCAGCUGCUUCAACGGCGCAAGACGCUGCAGCCAAACCGAAACGAGUUCGUAAAAGAAAGCCAAAAAAGGCACCCGCUGAGAGAACUGACUCUGAGAAGUAG